AUGAAGGAAGAGAUUGAUGCUUUGGAGUCAAAUAACACUUGGUUUGUAGUUACUCUACCUUUAGGGAAAGUUCCAAUAGGAUGCAAAUGGGUGUACAAAAUUAAGUACAAGGCCAAUGGAGAUGUUGAGCAUUUCAAAGCUCGCCUUGUUGCUAAAGGAUUCAAUCAAAGAGAAGAAGUUAACUUUGUGAAUACAUUCUCCUCGGUUGCUAAGUUAGUCACUGCUCGAACUGUUCUUGCUUUUGCCUUCAUUUUUUCUGGCCACUUUAUCAAAUGGAUGUGUACAAUGCAUUUUUGCAAGAGCAAGUAUGAUUAUUCAAUGUUUACAAAACAUCAAGGGAAUUAUAUAGUUGUCUUGCUGGUUUAUGUUGAUGACCUUUUAAUUACUGACAGCAAUGAAGUAAUGAUAAUGGAACUUAAGCAUAUUUUGAAUGGGAACUUCAAAAUGAAGGAUAUUGGAGAGUUAAAAUACUUUCUAGGAUUGGAGGUUAUAAGGUCAAAAGAAGGGAUUUUGUUGAAUCAACGAAAGUAUACUUUAGAACUGAUUGAAGAAACUGGAAUAGGGGGAGCUAAACCAGCUAUAACUCCUUUAGAGCAAAACAAGAAGCUCAUUACAGCUAAAUAUGAUGAAACACUUUGUGGAGAUGAGAAAUUGUUACAAGAUAAGUCCGUUUUUCAGAGGCUUAUAGGUGGACUGAUAUAUCUUACUCACACAAGGCCAGAUAUUGCUUAUGUAGUACAUUUUCUAAGCCAGUUUAUGCAUAAACCAAAGCAAUCCCAUCUUGAACUGCAUUAA